GUAAACCGGCCCGACCAUUUGUCCUUCAGUACCCUGCCCUAUAUACUAGAUCCUUGGCAUACUAGGCAGGGAGCAAAGCUUGAGGUGAAGGGCUGCUAUCUCACGUGACUACCGGGACGCAGAUCACAGCAAUGCGCAUGACGGAGGUUCAUCUGGUUGAAAUUUAAUCAGAAAUAGAGCAUUCAUGUCCCAGCGAAUCUCUCAGCCAUUCUGUGCACUUCCGCUCACGACCUCCGGGCCCACUGGUCUUCGUUCGCCUGGUUUUCCCUGAGAAGUCUGGCCCGUUUAUCAACACGCCUCGAGUGGAGUCGAGUCGGUUGUCUCGCUCUUGUUGUCAAGUCAAGCAAGCAAGCAAAACUCCUGUUUUGGACGCGCUAUCAACGGCAACUAGAGACUAGAGCCCUCCCCCAACAACCCUUUGCCCUUUUCACCGCAACCUCCUUCAUCAACCAAAAAUGGCAGCUCUCGGCGAAGACUUGCUCGGCAUAGUAAACAAGUUGCAGGAUUUGGUCUUCAAUACCAUCGGAAAUGAUAGCUUGGAUCUGCCCCAGAUUGUAUGUGCUUGCUUCCAAGGGCUGGAAAGGAUAAGGCAUAGGUGAUCUUUGGCUAACUCACUCGAAGGUGGUGGUAGGUUCACAGUCCGCCGGUAAAUCCUCCGUUCUCGAGAACAUCGUCGGAAAAGAUUUUUUGCCUCGUGGAAGUGGUAUCGUCACUCGAAGACCUCUGAUUCUCCAACUCAUAAACGUCCCAUCCGACGAUGAAGACGGACCACCACCAGAGCAAGAAUGGGCCGAGUUUCACCACAUCCCCAACAGAAGAUUUACCGAAUUUCAAGAUGUCAAGCGAGAGAUUGAGAAUGAAACGGCACGGAUAGCUGGAAACAACAAGGGAAUCAGUCGUUCGCCAAUAAACCUCAAAAUCUACUCCCCGCAUGUUCUUAGUUUAACACUGGUGGAUCUUCCUGGGUUGACAAAGGUAACAAUUUGCUUGUGCCUUUUGGUUCGUAGAGAUCUAUGGCUGAUACGAGCUUUAUAGGUCCCGAUUGGAGAUCAGCCAACAGAUAUCGAGAAGCAGACCCGAAAUCUGAUUUCUGAAUUUAUUGCCAAGCCGAACAGUAUAAUUCUUGCUGUAUCUCCUGCGAACGUCGAUAUUGUGAACUCGGAAGCACUGAAACUUGCCCGCCAUGUUGACCCGCUAGGCCGAAGAACUAUUGGAGUUCUGACCAAAAUUGAUCUUAUGGACCAUGGAACAAAUGCCAUGGAUAUCCUGUCAGGACGGGUCUAUCCUUUGAAGCUUGGUUUCAUUGGUAUCGUUAAUCGAUCCCAACAAGAUAUUCAGGGUAGCAAGCCUCUGUCAGAGGCCUUAAAGUCGGAAAUGGACUUUUUCAAGCACCACCCAGCAUAUCGGAAUAUGGCACACAAAUGCGGAACUAUGUUCCUGGCAAAGAGUUUGAAUACAACUCUGAUGGCGCACAUUCGGGAAAGACUGCCAGACAUUAAGGCUAGGUUAAACACCUUGAUGGGACAAACCCAACAGGAGCUAGCUAGCUACGGAGACAUGCAUUUCAGCGGAAGGGAACACCGAGGAUCUUUAGUAUUGCAACUAAUGACUAGAUUUGCGACGUCUUUCAUUUCGUCGAUAGACGGUACAUCGACGGAUAUUUCCACCAAAGAACUCUGUGGUGGUGCCCGGAUAUACUACAUUUUCAACUCGGUUUUUGGAAAUUCCUUGGAAACGAUUGACCCCACAACAAAUCUCUCCGCUCUCGAUAUUCGAACUGCAAUCCGAAACUCGACUGGUCCCAGACCAAGUUUGUUUGUCCCCGAGCUUGCUUUUGAUCUCCUAGUAAAGCCUCAAAUCAAACUUCUCGAGGUACCGGCUCAGAGAUGUGUUGAACUUGUCUAUGAGGAGCUCAUCAAGAUUUGUCACACUUGUGGCUCCACAGAGCUAACUCGAUUCCCUCGGCUACAAGCAAAACUGAUAGAAGUUGUGUCGGAUCUGCUCCGUGAACGUCUUGGGCCUGCUUCGAGCUAUGUCGAAUCGUUGAUUUCGAUACAACGUGCAUAUAUUAACACAAACCAUCCAAAUUUCUUGGGAGCUGCCGCUGCUAUGAGCAACGUCGUAUCAAACAAGCAAGAAAAGGAAAGAAAACGACUCCUACAAGAAGAACGAGAACGACGUGAAAAAAGACGGCAGAAGGAACUAGGGACCAAUGGUUUGGAUACACCUGAAGAAGAAGAAGAGCAUGCCGGUGAAAAGCUCGAGAAUUUACCGGCGCGGAAACAACUUCAACACAAACAAGGUACUCGAAGUAUGUCUCCCGCGAUUCGCGAGAAUGGUAUAACGGCAGCGAUGAACGGUAUGCGAUCAGGAGGGGAAUUUGGCGGUCAGCCUGCUGGUGGACGAGAUUCAUUCUUAAACUACUUUUUCGGCAAAGAUGGUGCGCCAACAUCAGGUCCUGGUGCACCACAAGCUCCCUCACCAACUUCAAACCUUGGAAGGCAUGUUAGCCAAAGCGCUGAGCCUAUUUUCAGUCAAAGUAUUCGCAGACAAGAGGAGCGAGUACAUAGAACACCAGCUCAGCAAGCCCGUGAAGAUGAUUUUGAACUCGGCAGAACUCAGAGAGACUAUGACUAUAACUCGCCAUUCGUAAGUCGCCUAAAGUUCGUCUAUGUAGCUAUAAGCAUAACUGACACUCAACAGGGCAACAGUAAUGAACCAGCGCUCACAGACCGAGAAGCUAUGGAAACAGAAUUAAUUCGUGCACUCAUCUCAUCAUAUUUCAACAUUGUCCGCGAGUCCAUCGCAGAUCAAGUUCCCAAGGCUGUUAUGCAUCUUUUGGUAAACCACUCCAAAGAAUCAGUCCAGAACCGUCUGGUGAGCGAGCUCUACAAGGAUUCCCUCUUCGAAGAGCUCUUGUACGAGGAUGAUGUGGUGAAGAAGGAGCGCGAGAAGUGCGAGAAGAUGCUCAAGACAUAUAAAGAGGCAUCCAAGAUCAUUGGAGAAGUUGGGAUAUAGAAACGUGAAACGAAUGGGAUGUCUAAUGUUACAGUGGUUGCAUGUUUUGGCGCACGCAGGCAAGCGAUUCGGUUCGGUUAGGGAUGAAGCAGAACCGCUUUGUAAAAUACUCUAUUGUUCUGUAUUUUUUCCGACUCUGCUUUGGGCUCGGACCUUGGGCGGAACUGUCUAUACAUAAAGAACUCUAACUCACUCACGGAAUUUCGUCAUCAAAAGACGGAAGCGUUGGAUUUUUUUCCAAUACAUCUAGUCUCAAAAAAUGAACUGGUCAAGCAUUUCGUGUUCCCUCGUACGCAUUGCAUAUUCACUAA